AUGAUGCAAGAAGAGGAACUGACAGAGCGACUUUUAAAUCAGUCCAAAAGCUCGGAUUUUGAUGCGGCGUAUCAGGAGGAAACCAUUCCAUACAAGUACAUCUCCGCUACAUCUGGCGAUCAACACGAAGUUCGCGUCAAAGUAACCGUCCAUGGCGAUCCCAGCGCCAGCAUCACUUUUCUGACAAUGCAUGAUAUCGGCUUAUCUCCAAAGACGCAGUUCUCAACUCUAUUCAACUGCGACCUGCUCGAGCCGCUCAAGUCGAAAUUCUGCGUCGUUCAUAUUGGAAUUCCGGGACUGGACAAAAACGACUCGCAGAUUCCGGCAGGAUGCUAUCCUUCGCUCGAUCAAAUGGCCGAAAUGGUCCCUUUCAUCGUCAACCACUUCAGUCUCAAACGAGUCUAUCUAUUCGGCGUUGGCGUCGGUGCCAAUGUUCUUCUCCGAUUUUCGCUCAACGAUCAAUCCCGCGUCGACGGAUGUAUAUUCGCCAACCCAAUGUUCUCGCAACAAACAUGGAGCAGCUACUUUCACCAAAAAAUCUUUGGAACUUCUGCUGGAUACGACUAUCUCGACUGGUAUCACUUCAGCGGGGAUUAUGUUUCCCAGCGACUCAAGGACUCGAAGAAUGCGCAUCUUCACGACUUCAGAAAGCUAAACGAGAACAAUAUCAAAGAGCUCAUUAAUUCCUUGGAACGCCGGACUGAAAUUAAUCUGAUGCGGACUCCACUUGGCAAGAGUAAUCUGAGAGUUCCCACCUUGCUCCUCGUCGGUGAUGCCUCGCCGCACAAUGAAGACACAGCCGAGCUCAAUUCACGGCUCAAUCCGCAGAUUACCACACUUGUCAAGAUGCAAGACGCUGGCUCCAUGAUCCUUGAGCAGCAGCCGAUGAAGACUGCCGAAUCCAUCAUUCUCUUCCUCCAAGGACAAGGCCAUUUCCCAGCGCUGUCAAUUCUUCAAAUGAGUCAGAAACGAGCACGAGCGGUCAAAUCGCAGGCUGAGAUCUUUGAUGUGAAUCCCAACGCGGCUCAGCAACAACUCUCCGUCUGA